GGGGAGCGAGCCAGGUACCGUGAUCUCUCGUCGUCGUCCCUGUGUAGCUAUGGUGUGGGUUUUUUUUUCUAUUCGCCUUUUUCACCGGAUUAACGUUACAUUAGAUUUGUAUCAUUGCUGGCAGGCGCUCGCUUAUCUUGUUUAACAUAUUUAGAUUCAGUUCUCUACACAAAGCACACUUUUACUGAUCUGAAAUUUGCUGUCGACAUUUGUAGGGGUUUUUUUCUCCUGCAAGUCUUAGGCGGCGAAAACAUGGCAAUUUACACUGGCGUCUAGUAUUUGUGAGUAUCUCACUACCAAAGGGUGCUCGUUUGUGAUUUGUGUUUGCGUGUAAUCGCUCUGUGAGCUUCUUUUUUUUGCGCUCGCGUUAUCGUAUUUGUUGUCAAUUGUCAUGUGUUUAAAUCAAGCAAUACGUUUAUCGAAACGCAGCUGAAUAAAAAUCGCAACUUAUAUGUUGUGAAACAUUUGACUGUUAAUAAUCUCUCUGAAGAUUUUACAGCAAUCAUCGUGCAAGGUAAAUCUUAGCAUCUCGAGCCGCAACAUUUUCUCGCGCAAUAUUAAUUGUAUAACAAGCAAUUUUACGCACGGUGCCAAAUUUGGCCUACUGUGAAGUUUAUUUCCAAGUCGUUCAGUGCCAGGGCAAGAAACAUUUGCUUGGGCAUUUUUUUUCGGCGAUCACACGAGCUAAUACAAGCAAAAGGCUUGUAUCUCGUGCAUAGAUACUGGAUACAGCAAGCAUCUCUCCGGGAUCAUCUUCACGUAUCAACCGAAAAAAAGACACCGAUCACCAAAGUGGAGUAAUGGCACUAUUAUGUGUCCUUUGGAUUCUCUUUAUGUUUCACUCCCGUACUGAGGCUGGGCACAAUACAACUGCAGGCUGUGCUAUCAUUCGUCCACCCAGAGAUGGAGGGAUACGAUAUAGAGGUCUCACCCAAGAACAGAUCCGAAGUGUACAGGUCUUGCCGGUGGACUAUGAGAUUGAAUACAUCUGCAGAGGGAACAGGGUCAUUGUGGGGCCAAAGGUCAGAAAGUGUUUGCCCAAUGGCACCUGGACCGAUCUCAGCCAGCGCAGCAAGUGCUUGCUACCAUGUGCGAAGGUGUGGACGUCUCUGGAGAAUGGGCAUGUGGUGGUGUUGCCCCCUGGGCCAGCAGUGGAAGGCACCAUGCUCCACUACAGCUGCCAGACAGGCUUCAUCAUGGAGGGCAGGAACAGCACACACUGCACCAAGCUGGGCAAGUGGGACUCGCCCAAGCCCAUCUGCCGCUAUGACAGGCAUCACACAGCUCUAGGCAAAAAGAAGCUUUACAUUGGCGCCUUGUUUCCUAUGAGCGGUGGAUGGCCCGGCGGACAAGCGUGCUUGCCAUCUGCGCAAAUGGCCUUAGAUCUGGUCAACAAGAGGACGGACAUUCUCCCAGACUACGAGCUUGAACUCAUCUACUACGAUAGUAAGUGUGACCCUGGAGUGGCCACCAAGCUGCUCUAUGACCUGCUCUACACAGAGCCGAUAAAGAUUGUUCUGAUGCCUGGAUGCAGCUCUGUCUCCACGCUGGUGGCCGAGGCUGCGCGCAUGUGGAACCUCAUAGUGCUCUCGUACGGCUCCAGCUCGCCGGCCCUCUCCAACCGGCAGCGCUUCCCCACCUUCUUCCGCACGCACCCGUCGGCCACGCUGCACAACCCCACCCGCGUGCAGCUCUUCCUCAAGUGGAACUGGACCAAGAUUGCCACCAUCCAGCAGACCACAGAGGUCUUCACUUCAACACUGGAUGAUCUGGAGCAGAGAGUAAAGGAAGCAGGCAUUGAGAUCAGCGUGAGGCAGAGUUUCCUCACAGACCCUGCUGUGGCUGUCAAAAACCUAAAGCGCCAGGACGCCCGCAUCAUCGUGGGUCUGUUCUACGAGACAGAAGCCAGGAAGGUUUUCUGUGAGGUCUUUAAGGAAAAGCUCUAUGGGAAGAAGUAUGUCUGGUUCCUGAUUGGCUGGUACGCCGAUAACUGGUUCAAGAUAAAGGAUCCGGCGAUCAACUGCACAGUGGAACAGAUGACAGAGGCAGUGGAAGGCCACGUUACUACGGAGAUUGUCAUGCUGAACCCUGAGAUCGUCCGAGGGGCCUCCAACCUGACCUCUGAGGAAUUCCUGGCCCACCUGACAUCUAAGCUCGGAGGAAAGAACCCAGAGGAGAUAGGGGGCUUCCAGGAAGCCCCGCUGGCCUAUGAUGCUGUGUGGGCCCUGGCUCUGGCCCUCAACAAGACUGUGGGACCCCUCAGGGCCAAGGGCCACAGACUGGAGGACUUCAACUACAAUAACAAGGACAUCACCUCUGAGAUCUACCAUGCCCUAAACACCAGCUCUUUUGAAGGGGUGUCUGGCCAUGUUGUGUUCGAUGCGCAAGGCUCCAGGAUGGCCUGGACUCUAAUAGAGCAGCUUCAAGGAGGGAGCUAUAAGAAGAUUGGAUAUUAUGAUAUGACCAAAGGCAACAAAGGCAAUCUUUCAUGGUUUGGGAAUGACAGUUGGAUAGGCUCUGGCCCUCCUGCUGAUCAGACUGUGGUGAUUGAGGAGUUCCGAUUCCUCUCUCAGAAGCUCUUUAUCUCUGUAUCAGUCUUUGCUGGAUUGGGCAUCUUACUGGGGAUUGUGUGCCUCACUUUCAAUAUUUACAACAGCAAUGUCAGGUACAUUCAGAACUCGCAGCCUUAUCUGAACAACAUGACAGCAGUGGGCUGCAUGAUGGCUCUUGCUGCAGUGUUUCCUCUGGGCAUUGACGGGCUGCAUGUUCCUAGGUCUCGGUUUCCUGUUGUCUGCCAGUUCCGUCUGUGGCUACUGGGUCUCGGUUUCAGUCUGGCCUAUGGCAGCAUGUUCACCAAGAUCUGGUGGGUCCACACCGUCUUCACCAAGAAGGACGAGAAGAAAGACAAGCGAAAGCAGCACCUGGAUCCCUGGAAGCUGUACGCUACAGUCGGGGUGCUGCUCACGAUCGACAUCAUGUCUCUGAUGAUCUGGCAAAUUGUGGAUCCACUGCACAUCACUGUGGAGAAGUUCACUAGGGAGGUGCCGAAAGGAGAUCUGGAUGUGCUGAUUGAACCCUUGCUUGAGCACUGCAGCUCGGAGAAGAUGAACACAUGGCUAGGGGUGGUAUACGGCUACAAGGGGCUACUGCUGCUUAUGGGCAUCUUCCUGGCAUAUGAGACUAAAUCUGUGUCCACGGAGAAGAUAAAUGACCACCGUGCUGUGGGAAUGGCCAUCUACAAUGUCUCCGUGUUGUGCAUGAUCACCGCUCCUGUCACCAUGAUCCUGUCUUCUAAGCAGGAUGCUUCUUUUGCCUUCGCUUCGCUGGCCAUCGUCUUCUCCGUGUACAUCACACUGGUCGUGCUGUUCGUCCCAAAGAUGCGCAGGCUGAUCACCCGUGGCGAGUGGCAGUCUGACCAGCAGGAGACCAUGAAGACAGGCUCCUCCACCAACAAUAACGAUGAGGAGAAGUCCCGCCAGCUAGAGCGGGAGAACAAGGAGCUGCAGAAGAUUAUCCAAGAGAAAGAGGAGCGCGUGUCAGAGCUGAGGAGCCAGCUCUCAGAGCGGCAGGCAUUGCGUUCCCGGAGACCGCCGUCUUCCACCACCCUCAAUCACAGCUCCCCGCCACUCUCCACUCCACACACGGACCCCAAGUCUCUCCUCCCACCACCUGGCUACCCCCUCCCCACCUCCGACAGCCACUCUCUCCCUCCCUCCUUCUCCAACUCCUCCAACCUUUACCAGCCCGACAGCAAGAUCAACCGCAGCAACUGCCACACCAGGCGGCUGCAACUCCUCUACAAAUGAGCGCCCCCUAGAGGGAGGAGAAGGGAUGGCUGCAUGAAGAAACAACCUGAAGCAGAUACAUUUCUCUUCCUUCUGCCCAGCCCUUUGUGCUGGUUUCUUUGUUCAUUUUCAUUCUGAGCCACGUGGGCUGUGGGUGACGUACAGGCAGGAUUUGCUGACCAGAAUGUCAAAGGAGCCUUCUGGUGCUCAUAGUCAUGUGACUCAUUAUGUCAUGUGACACGUCUUUUACACAAAAGUCGCAUUUGCUGUGUUAUCUACCAAUUUGUGGGUAUGACAAAAUUGUCCUUUUUUUGUGGCUGUCUGACAAGAGUGGCUUGCAGAAGUGCAGGUGUAAAUGGGUGGUUUGGAUAGACUAUGAAAAUGUCUCUUAUCUGAGAUAAGAGUAGAUUUUACACAGUUUUAUGUCUGUAAUGUAUCUUAACUCUGAUAUUUUCAUGAAAGACUCUUGAGUUUCUAGGCUGAAGUACACGAACACAUUCAACAUGUUUUUGUAUGUAUAAGAUAAAACUACUUUUGCGCAGGGGUGAUGGGGUAUUAUUGACACUUUUUCUUUUGGUCAUUAUCCUAUUCUGUGUAUAAUAUUUCCCAAUCCAGCCCUAAAGCUGAGUCCCAUUGCCAGUUAACAUGUUGCAGGGAAAUUACACCCAUUUUGCAGUCGUGACAUCAGUCUCAUCCCCCACACUACCACUACUGCAUCAGUAACCCAUGCAAGGGUGGGUUUACUGGGUUGCUUUGUUUACCACAUUAAAAGGAGUUUAUUUCUGGCUUUUUCAGAUUCCAGCAGGCCUCUCUGAGUUCAGAGACAGUGGGUUGUUCAGGAGAUUCCAUUCAGCUUCUCUACGCAGACACCUCGUAGGCUCUCUUGCAAUUCUGUAAUGGAUUCUUUAUCUUGUUUGGUUUGAUUAAUAAUCCAUGAUCAUUGAGCUCCUUGGUUGUGCACAGGCUGAUAGUGUGUGUAGUAGUAUGUGCAGUAAUGUGUGCGUGCGAGUGUGCGUGCGUGUGAGUGCGUGCGUGCGAGUGUG